AUGGAAGCAACAACGUCGGAUAUAAAACUUUUUAAAAAGUGGUCCUAUGAAGAGAUCAACAUAGCCGAUUUGUCAUUGGUGGAUUGUAUAGCCGUUUCGCAAAAGGCAUGUGUGUACACACCGCACACGGCUGGGCGUUACCAGAAAAAGAGAUUUAGAAAAGCGUUAUGCCCAAUCGUGGAAAGAUUAGUAAACUCAAUGAUGAUGCAUGGAAGAAACAAUGGAAAGAAAUUGAAAGCUAUAAGAAUUGUUUCAUAUGCUUUUGAAAUAAUUCAUUUAAUGACUGGAGAAAAUCCUAUACAAGUUUUUGUAAAUGCUGUACAAAAAGGUGGCCCAAGAGAAGAUUCAACAAGAAUUGGUUCAGCGGGUGUUGUAAGAAGACAAGCAGUUGAUGUAUCCCCAUUAAGAAGAGUUAAUCAAGCAAUAUAUUUAAUUUGUACUGGUGCCAGAAAUGCUGCUUUUAGAAAUAUUAAAUCUAUUUCAGAAUGUUUAGCGGAAGAAAUUAUCCAUUGUGCAAAUGAAUCUUCAAGUUCUUAUGCUAUUAAAAAAAAGGAUGAAAUUGAAAGAGUAGCAAAAGCUAAUCGUUAA